CCAUGCCUAACAAAAUGAAAACCCUUGGAGUUCCCCAAGGCCUCAUGACCCAGGCUGUAUCUGAUGGUGAGCUGAACAUGUGCAAGGUCUCUGGUGGGGGCAGCAGCCACAGUCUGACUGGGAGCUCCAGUGUAGCAGGAGGUCAGGAAGGGAAUGGCCCAGCCAGCAGGGUAGUCAGCUGGGCUGUCUGCUUUGAGAGGCUCCUGGAGGACCCUGUGGGAGUGCGUUACUUCACGGCUUUUCUCAAAUCAGAGGUGAGCGCUGAGAAUAUCCUGUUUUGGCAAGCGUGUGAGAAGUUCCGACAGAUACCACCCACAAAGCUGGACGAGCUGAAGAGGGAGGCCCGUACCAUCUAUGACACAUACUUGUCUGACAGCUCCUUCCAUGCGGUAAAUAUUGAUGACACGGCUCGAACAGAGGAGAGUGACCUGGAGAAACCUACGCCUAACAUGUUCCAUAAAGCGCAGGAACAGAUCUUCAAGCUGAUGAAGUUUGAUAGCUACUCGCGUUUUGUGCGCUCUCCUAUGUACCAGAAUUGCACGUUGGCCUGCGUGGAGGGGCGACCUCUGCCUGACAUUGGUCCACCUGGGCCCCAGAGCAAAGGUUCUCAGGAGUCGGUUACUCCUACCAGUAACAGAAAGGGUAUGGAGAAGAAGGAGUCAUCAUCAGAGAGUAAAGCCAACAGGAAGAAGAGAUUAGAGAAAAGAGGAUCAUGGGGAGCGGAUGUGUCUUACCAACGUGCAACAGUCUCUCGUCAGGAGUCUCAGAUGUCCGUGAAGUCAACCAGCAGUGUGGAGUUGGGCUUUAUCUACAGUGGACUGGAGAAUGGGCGGAACAAACCGGGAUAUGGAAGUCAAGACUUGUCGGAGGCAGGUUCUGGUUCAGCGCAAGCAGAAAAGUACUGCUGUGUGUACCUGCCAGACAACACGGCUAGCUUGGCGCCGUCCCGGCCCGGUCUACCCAUCAGAGGCAUGCUGAAUGGGCUGUGUGAGAAGAGAGGCUUCCCUCUGACAGACGUCAUCAUUUAUUUCCGCGGCAAAGAGAAGCAACCGCUUUCUCUGGACCAGGAUAGCUCUGUGCUGGGAGAUCAGGAGGUGGUUCUGGAGCUGAGAGUGACAUUGGUGCUGGAGGUUGCAUUUACCGGUAAAACUUUGGGUAUUAAGGUGAAGUCCAGCAAGACACUUGGAGGUGCACUUUCUCCUGUCCUACAGAAACAUCACCUAAGACCACAGGAUGUUGUUGUUACCAUGAGAGGAUCGAAUAAACCCUUGGACAUUAACACCAAUGUCUUCCAGCUAGCCAACAAAAAACUGUGCCUAGACAGAGCUAAAGUUCCCAGAAGUACAGAAUCAUGGGAUUCUAUGUCAGAGGACACAGCUAAAGUGAAACCCAGACAGAGAAAACACCAUGAAAUGGAUGGUCUAGUGGAGAUGCUCUCCAAGGCUCAAAGCUGCAGGGUAGAUGACCAGCGAGGUUUGCUGACAAAGGAGCACCUAGUCCUGCCCCAGUUUCUUCAGCUGUCUUUAGAGCAAGAACAGGAUGGAAAGUCUGUGGAAGACACGGAGAAGACACUUAAGCAGACAUCUAGUCCCACACAUGCUAAGAGAGAAGACCAGAGCCAGGAAAACCAAAACGGCAAAAGACUCUCUGUCGUUAACCCUUCUUCUGACACUGCCCAGGUGGACACGGAUUUCCUCUGUGCAUCUCCAGGGACAUAUUGA